GUUCAUUCUUUUAGACCUGUGCUGACCCCUAACUUCAAGUGGUGAGUCCCUAAAUUGACGUCAUGCAGAAGCCAAGAUGGCGGUAUAUUUGAGCUGCGACAAGUUUUGCUCAGAUUUCCAUUGGUGCCCACAUGUACAGGCUUGUGUGCCCGCAAGACAAAGCAACAGCCAAUAGCGAAGACAAAAAACAAGCGUGCAAAAGUCAUUCACGUUUAACGGUUGCCCCAGGUUACGUGACAUCAACCUUCUGAAACUACUUCCAAGAACUAUCGCAAUCAAGUUUCACAUCGGUAACGCGUUGAAGAGUUUGACACAGUACAAGACGUUACCGGAUUCUUUUGAAAAAAUUCUGAUAAAGCCAUGGCGAGCAACAUUAAAAAGUCCGCUGACUUUGACGAGCAGAACCUGGAGGCAUCUGAUUCUGAAGGUGGCAGCUUUCAGCCCAAAGCCUUCUGCCCAAAGCACGAAGACCAAAUCUUAACUUUCUACUGUGAUCCUUGUCAGACUUUGGUCUGUGUCUCCUGUACGGUUGUCGAGCACCGACCAGGCGAUAAGCACAAUCCUGUAGAAAUCAGCUCCAUCGCUGUGAAAAAGAAAGAAGAACUACAAAAACAAAAAGCAAAAGUCAAACCGCGAGAAAAAUUUGUUCGGGCUGCACUGAAUGAAGUCAAGAUGGGAUUAUCUGAGUUGUCAACAUCGGCAGACACAGCGAUUGAACAGGCCACAGCAUAUUUUGAUCAUCUGAUGGCCAUGCUUCAAGACAGAAAAGAAGAAGUCAUCACAGAAAUUGACUCACGCCGCAAGGAGGCUGGAAAAUGCAUGGAAACCCAGAUAGAAGUGAUAGAGUUUGAAUUGGCAGGAUUGAAAAGCGCGGCUGAGUUCUGUAAACAAUCCUUGGAACACGGCAGUGACGUGCACGUCAUCGAAGCCGAGGGUCAAGCUCGACAGAGGGUGGAAGAGCUGCUGGCAAUGCCAACCGACCUGACAGCCAGACCGAGUCAAGUUGUGUUCUCGGAGGGGAUGGCUGUGGCGGACUUCAGAGAUGAUGUGGCCAGGGCAGGGUGUGUACAAGUACAACACACAGGGAGAGUUGAUGCAUCCAAAUGUGUAGUUAAAAGAAAACCAGCCGUUGUUGCGUUUUCAAGCAUCGCUCUACUCUAUACGAUUGGGAAAAACGGGCAUCGUUGUUCUGUCGAUAAAGAUGAUGUCACAGCCACCCUGACGGACCCCUUGGGCCAAGCGAUACCAACACAGCUACAGGAGACAGGCAUGGGAUUGUGGGAAAUCUCCUACACACCUGAGGUCACAGGAAACCAUAAGUUAGAGGUCAAGAUCAAUGGCCGGUCUUUGACAAUGUACCCGUAUGACGUCAGAGUGCAGAGUAGUCACGCCCCAGUUGUAACCAUUGGAACAUGGGGGCUUUGCAAUCCAACAGAUAUAGCAGUGAGCAUCAAUGGUGAAAUUGCAGUGGUGGAGGCAGGGUUGCGACGAAUUAAGACAUUCAACACAAAUGGUGAUUCUUGUCGGUGUUUCCUAGUAGAUGGUAAGUGCCCAUGGGGUAUUGAUAUUGACUCCAAUAGACAGUUUGUUGUGACAUUCCUUAGCACUGGCCAAGCGAUCAGGGUAUACUCACAUGAUACAAUACUUUUCAAGACCUUAAGACUUGACUGUUUACGGAAUCCGACUGGAGUUGCAGUUCUGAAGGACGGCCGCAUGGUGGUGGCGGACAAGCAGCAGAAGUCAUGUCUCCUCCUGAAGCCUGAUGGGAGCUUCAUCCGGGAGAUUGGCAAGGGGCAGUUACAGUACCCAUGGUUCAUAGCAGUGGAUGAGUCACGUGAUCGGUUCUAUGUAACCGAUUGCCGGGCUCAUAAAGUGUUUGUGUUUGACCUUGAGGGAAAGCUGAAGUUCAGUUUUGGUAAACAGGGUCAGAAUGAGGGAGAGCUCGAAUGCCCAACAGGGAUAAGAGUAGAUCCGGCAGGUAACAUCAUUGUAAUAAACCGUGAUAACGGCCAUCUGCAGGUAUUUGACCCUGACGGCAUGUACCAGAGAACUGUGGCCACAGUGAAGAGAGGAUGCCACCAGGGAAUUGCGCUGACACCUGAUGGAUACCUAGCUGUUGUGUGUUCUCAUCGCCAAUGGGGCUGUAUCGAAUUGUAUAGGUACAAGUAGCUUUACGUAUGUGAUCUUGUUCAUGCUAUAAGCUAUCAACUAAGUACUACAUCAUAAGAAUUUUGCCACAUUGUACCUCAGAGUCUACUAUAGGCACUGAGCUUUAGUAAGCAAUGUUAACUUCCAGCAAGAAUAAGAAAUGUUCAAAAGCCUUUGUAGUUUUUGCGAAUAAGUCUUUCAGUUUUAUGAUGUUUCCAAUGUUACAACACAGAAUAUGGAGUAAUAAACAAGUAGACAAUGAGCU